AGAACAUUUCUGUAUCUAUCUCGCUCGUCAGUCGUCAUCUCAUCUCGGCCAUCUCCAGCAUCCCGCCUGCUUUCCUGUAGUGUCCCCGAUAAACUGACUGAACUAUUCGGGAAGAAGGAAGUUUACGUGGCUAGUGUUGACGUGGCUGUUUACAGCAAGACUGAACAUAAAAAUGCUGAGGUCUUUAUUCAUGGCCCUAGCGGUAUCAACCGUUUUCGCGGGGUUGCCCACAAACGAAGAGACAAAAAGAAUGAUGGACCACCUUUCGGACGCCGAACACUUCAAGAACGAACACCAUAACAAGCAGUUUGACCACGACGCUUUCCUUGGGGAAGAUCAGGCCAAGACCUUUGACCAGUUACCUCCGGAAGAGAGUAAAAGGAGACUAGGAAUCAUCGUGGACAAAAUAGACACGGAUAAGGACGGGUUUAUCAACCCCGUGGAACUGAAGGACUGGAUCCGCUACACGCAGAGGAGGUACAUAGAUGAGGAUGUUGAGAGGCACUGGAAACAGCAUAAUCCUGAUAAUGAGGAGGCUAUUAAAUGGGAGACUUACAAGAAAAACGUGUAUGGAUUCAUGGAUGAGAUGGAUGAUAAGGAGAUGACGGCUCCAAACAGCGAAGCGUAUACUUUCGCGGCUCUCAUGAAGCGGGAUCGCAGGCGGUGGCAUUACGCUGACGGAGACCAAAACGACGCGUUGAACCGCACCGAGUUCGCGGCGUUCCUGCACCCCGAGGACCACGGCCAGAUGCGGCCGGUGGUCGUGCUGGAGACCCUGGAGGAUAUCGACAAAGAUAAAGACGGCAAGAUAUCGCUGGAGGAGUACAUCGGGGACAUGUACCAGCCGGAGGCGGGCGACGAGGAGGAGCCGGACUGGGUCAAGCAGGAGCGGGACCAGUUCACCGGAUACAGAGACACAGACAAGAACGGGUACAUGGACGAGAACGAGGUCCGGUCGUGGAUAGCGCCGCCGGAGUUCGACCACGCGGAGGCGGAGGCGCGGCACCUGGUGUUCGAGGCGGACGCGGACGCGGACGAGAAGCUCAGCAAGGCGGAGGUGCUCCACAAGUAUGACCUCUUCGUGGGCUCGCAGGCCACAGACUUCGGCGAGGCGCUGGCCAGGCACGACGAGUUUUAAAUUUGGAAUGUGAAAUAAAAU